AUGAACCCAUGUAUUUUAUGUAAAGGAGAGAUCAUUGGAUCAGAACCAUAUGGGUCAAUCAAAGAAUUUACCAUGGCCACCUGUGGAUGUAUUUACCACCAAAUGUGUCUCGAAAGAGAUCUGAUGAAACGCCGUGGAAAAGCUAUAUGCCCAAAUUGGGAUUGCAAAGGCAGAGAGAUCGAAACUUCUAUUUCUCCGGCAGUAUUGCAAGACAAGUCUACAACUGCUGAUGAAAAUACUAUCUCCAAACCU